UAGAAGUACUUGUGGGCCUGUACCCACUUAUUUUAUCAAUUACAUCAUUUUAAUCAUUAAUGUUACUUUCAUAAUUAAUUUAUUUUUUAGAUGUUGUCUACUAUGAGUAAUACAACUAGAAAUGCACCUUUUGGUACAGAUGACACCCCAAACCUUCAAAUGAAAAUAGUUGGUGGGAAGAGAGUUCAGAUCGCCAUUGAUAGUACAAACAAUGAGUCAUCAAAUGAUAUCCUUAAUAAGUCCUGGCCUUUACCAAGGAUUGGCCCACAUGGAACACCUUCCAUAUUAACGCAGCCUAAUUGGGAAGCAUAUGAUUCAAGAUUGCAGUCUGGUUUCAACACUUCUGAUCAACAUAACUUGGCAAGAAAUGUUUCUUCGUAUACAUCUCCUAUGGGUGAUCGUUCACAUUCGUUCAAGCAUGGAUUACCAGUCCUUAACACAAAAGCAGUAUUGCCUCCCAUAGCAACACAAUCUGCAGGACCCCAUGUACAUAUGAAUCAACAAAUGCUGUCAUCUUUGAAUUCUAAUUCUCAUGAAUUUGAAGAGUCAACAACUUUAGAAGAACAAGUUGAAAAGCAAUUAAAGAAAUUCAGUGCUCAAAAAUUAAAGAAUAUGUAUAUUGACUUGACUACAUAUGACCGAAAGUUGACUGGUUUAGUUACGGAAUCACAAUUCUCACUUAUUUCAUUGAGGCAUGACUUGCCUCUCAAACUUUCAAUACUAAAGAUCAUCUAUGCGAAAUUUGUUGAUUUCAAAGAUCCAAGCAUGAUCAACUAUGAAAAAAUUCUUCAAUUCCUCUCAGAUUGUAUCAACCAAACUAUAUUAAGUAAAUCACCAACCUUACUUAACACUGGACAUACAAGGACAAGAACAAGUCCUCCUGACUUUCGUGAUGUUGUUUCACCUUAUGUACCUUUAAUUCAGCAAAAUCCUAAAUCAAUGUCGAAUAUGCAAGAAGGUCCAAACGAUGGCCAUGUUUCUCAACUUGGAAAGGAAGCCGAUGAAAAACUUGUUGAAUUAAUAUCAGCUCAAUUAUCUCCGAAACAAAAUCUGGAAAUUGAUGAUUUAAUCAAAUCAUUUCAAGAACUAGACAGAUUGGAAAAAGGAAUGCUUCCAAUUCAUGUUGUGAAGUCAACAUGUAUCAGACAUCAACUUCCUUUCACUUCAUCUAUUCUAAUGAAAUUAUUACAGAGAUCUGAAACAACUGCGGGAAUGGCAGAUUGGAAAUUAUUCCUCGAGCCUCUCAAACGAAUUCACCAAAUGCGACAAAUACCAAAUGGAUCUGAUAUGGAAACAGACAUGAACCAUUCAUCAGAAAUCAACAAAAUUUCUUCCUCUGUACCAUGGGAAAGAAAACCUUUGGGGCAAAUUGGAAACAUCUCAUCUAAGCAAGAAGGUCGUGUACCCGAGCCUAAUCGUCAUGUAUCCGCGUCAUCAUUUCCAUCUUCUCUUCCUUCUACAUCCUCAACAAUUAACAGAGAAAUUCCUCAGCUACCUGAUGGUUGGGAUGAGCAUCAACCAGUAGACAGAGAUGAUAAUGUAUAUGUUUCUCCACGACAAACUGAACCUUGGUAUAAUAAAUUCAAUAAACUGUCUCAUGCAUUACGUACAUACCACCCAUACAAUGCAGAAGUACUCGUUCGUGACGAUGCAGAACGAAUGACAAAAAAUUAUAAUCUCAUUUAUGGACUCGGAUUUUCUGAGAAAAAAAUUGAAAAUGCAGUUCAGCAAUCAAUAAUACCAAGGAAGGAUGGUUCACCAGGAAACAAGGUUUCUGUCAACGCUCUUCUGGAAUUAUUAGAAGGAAAGAAGAGAUUGCUUGCGUAAAGAACUGGUAUCUUAUAUCUUGAAAAGAUGGGUAGAUUUGUAUAAUUUGCUAUUUUCAAUUUCAUCUUUAAAUAGUCAAAAAGCAACUUUUGCAAUGAAAUAGAGAUACUUGCCUGGUUUUUACUCUACUUAAGUCGACCACUGGUUAUGUUAAAGCAACCUGCGGCAAUUUUUUGGCGUAGCAGUGACCAUCUCACACGUAAUUAGCUGCCACACAAGGUAAUUACUCAUCGUAUAAAAGGGGAUGCUGAAAGUGUGUUGCCGAUUUGAGUUUACCUAUAUUCAAAAUUUUGAUAAAUAUAAUAGUAAGAGCCCUUCACACAUGAUUUUCUGCUACAAUAAUUACAAUUCUCAUGUAAAAUGAGUGAUUUCACGAGGUAAAUUUUAGAAAAAUGACAUACCUUAUUUUAUUCUGAAUAACUUCAAUUUUGAAACCUAAUUCUAUGGAUAUGUUCUUGUAUAGUUCGACCUGAAAACUGAAUUUUCAGAAUGAAAUAUCUUGAAACAUGGCCCAAACCAGUCUGUCGCUGUUUAAUUUGAGUUCUUCACAUUGUUGAUGUAAUACAGGCAUUUUUUUCUAUCUGCACCGUUUUUGUUUAAAUUUUUCUCUGAUUUUUAUAGUUUAAAAUUUAUAUUUCUUGUAUUUGAUAUGUAUAGUUAUUACAAAUAAUUUUAAUUUUAGUAUAUGACGUUCAACUUUAUUUUUUGUAAUUUACAACAAGUUUGCACAUUUUUUGCCACAAACCAAAAGUUUAUCACUGUAUAUUGUUUUUUGUAAUUUUUUGCACUGUGGACUAAUAAUCGCUGGUUUUACAAAUCAUCUCGGGACAAGCACGAGUAGUUUGUAUAUUUGGGGUAUUUUUUUAACUCUUGCAUUCGAAUCCAGGUUUCUUUUCAGCAGAAAUGUUGCAUCACAAUUAUUCACCUGAUCAAAUUCUAUACUGUACUUCUAAAAUACCAUUCACAUGCAGUUUUUUUAAUCAAAGUGUAGUAUGUUUUGUUUCUGAUGGGCUUGACUUAAUGAGGUCUACAACCCUUAUGAACAUUGGGGGGAAUUGAUGUCUGAUAUGGCCAGAAUAAUUCCAGUUCUGUGUAGACUACCUAAUUUCCCACCGACUGCGUAAACGAUUGACGACCAAUGAAGGAUUUAAUAUAUUUAACUGCAUAUCCUAUACUCUGUUCGCAGAAAUACUUGGCCUACUACUACAGUACCUGGAGGCAUUCCCAUUUCACACAAACAUGAUUUGGUAAAUUAAUGUUUCUUAUCAUUGUCAUUUAGUCUAUUUUUUAUUCUAAUACCUUUAUAUAAUUUUAUACAUUCACUGUGGUGUCUACACCAAACCAUCAUUAACAUGACCAAAGUUAUAUCAAAUACCUCCAUUUUUUGUCAAAUGUAUCAAGUUUAACUUGUGUAUAACAAUGAAAGCAAACACUUAUAUAGUUGCCAAAGAUUACCAACUACAUUACUCCGCUGUGAGCAAGACCAAACAGUGGGCAUAUUCUAGAGACCUAGACACCAGUGGUUGAGUAGAAUUUUUUUUUAAAAAAAAAUUUUUCUUAAAUCACUCUUUCAAUUUUUCACAAAAAAAAAACGACUGUUCACUGGUGAAUAUGAUGAUGUGGGCUGACGGACAACUCGUCUAACGAGAGGACUGGUGAAUUGCCAGUCUUGUCGCAUUUUCUACGGCGACGUUUUAAAGCUAUAGGGGUGUAAUUUCAAUCUUCCUUCUUUCACCAGUGCUCUUGGGAGUCGAGUUGUCUUUGAUGAGUUGUCCUUGUAGUCGAGUUGUCUACCUCCCCUCAUGAAUUUGUAAAAGUUCACUGUCUCAAAAUUAGUUUCAAAACUGUGAUAAUGUUUGAAAAAUCACUUCGGUAAAAAUGGCGAGGAUAUCCGAUAUUUAUUAAGAAUGAUAGGAAGGCCCUAAUGGGACAUCUUAAUAAUAAAGAAGGGGAUACCCAAAUGGUGUUAGACAAAUAGAUUGAUUUGUAUUUAAAACUAUAUUAUAUUGAAUACAGCAACCUAAUAUUAUGGGGUUCAGUAGCUUUAUUGGAUGUUUUGCACGAUGUUUCAUAUAUUCUACCUAAUUACACUGUAUUAUUCCUAUUUUCUGCCCU